CGUCAUAUGCGUCACUCGCUCGACUCGCUAGUACGUUGCGCUCGCCUAUACUCAUUCCUCUUCUUGAUCGGCCGUUUCGGAUCCCAACAAUACUUUGUACUUGCGGCCUUACCGCGGCCGGGACUUAGUUCAAGGUUCUUCCGAGUCUUUGACUAAGUAUGCUAUCACAGCCGGUAGUCUCAUUUCCCGUCGACCGGCUGUUUGUCCUUGAUCUGAACGAAACGUGUUGUUUUUAAACUGCUAGCCUUUUUGGGGCCUGCAACUUGAACUUGACUUUCACUUCAUCAUCCAUUGUUCUGCGACUCAAAGAUGUCGACAAUCGCUACCAUCCCAAAGAUUAGAGAUGCUCUUCGAGCGACCUUCCGUAGCGGUUUGACGCAUUCCAUACCGUGGCGUCAGCACCAGCUAUACCAGCUUGCACGCAUGGCGCAGAAUGAACGGGAGCUCAUUUGCGACGCCCUACAGAAAGACCUCGGAAAGCCAAGAACAGAGGUCCUGGGGAAUGAACUGGGCAGCGUCAUCAAAAGAGCUCUGAAGAGUGCAGAGCGGCUCCCGGAGUGGGUCAAGGCUGAACAUCCUGAGGUGAUUGAUCGGCAGAAGCCAUGGAACCCAACGAUAUACAAAGCUCCGAAGGGCACUGUGUUGAUAAUCUCACCAUGGAAUUUCCCUAUGAUGCUCUCUUUCCAACCUCUCACUGGAGCAAUCGCAGCCGGCUGCACUGUCGUACUAAAGCCCUCUGAGCUUGUUCCCACUUUCUCACAGCUCUUGGAGGAAAUUGUGCCAAAGUACCUCGACCCAAAUGCGUACCGUGUCGUUAAUGGUGCUAUACCUGAAACUACAAAGCUUCUGGAGCUUCAAUGGGACCACAUUUUCUACACAGGGAAUGGCAAAGUCGCUAGGAUCGUUGCCAGCGCUGCGGCUAAGCACCUGACGCCAAUGACACUGGAAUUAGGUGGAAAGAGUCCUGUCAUUAUCGACUCAGCAUACGAUAUCGAUCUUGCUGCAAAGAGGAUAUUGUGGGGCAAGUGUCACAAUGCAGGACAGAUCUGCGUGGCACCUGAUUAUGUCCUCGUACAACGGGACAAGCAGGAUGAGCUGGCGAGGGCGUUUCAAAAGCAUUAUAACGCAUUCUUCCCCAAGGGUGCGCUAGAUUCGCCAUCGUUUGGAAGUAUCGUGUCAGAUUCGCACUAUAAACGCCUCACCUCACUUCUUUCCCGCACAAAGGGUGAAACCGUUCUUAAGGGCCGCGCUGACGCUGCGAGGAAAAGACUCGAGCUCACCAUUGUCAAGAAUGUUGCGGGCGGCGAUUCAUUGCUAGAAGAAGAACUCUUUGGUCCGAUAUUGCCUAUCGUGCCCGUGGAUUCGCUCGAUCAGGCGGUUAACUUCGUCAAUGCACGAUCUCAUCCACUAGUUCUGUAUGCUUUCAGUGACAACGAGAGCGUGAAGCAACGACUUGUCUCGGAAACACAUAGCGGUGGUAUUGUUUUCAAUGACACCUUCCAACAGCUCGCUGUGAGUGAACUGCCGUUUACGGGAGUUGGCGAGUCAGGCUACGGAUACCAGUUUAUGAAAUAUACAUAUGAUACGUUCACGCAGCUUCGUAGUUCUAUUGACAUGCCGAAGGAGGCUGAGGCGAGCCUGGCGGUGAGGUAUCUGCCUCACUCGGAGGAGGCGGUGAAAGCCCUCACUGCUGCUGUGUAUACGCCUAUUCCACCAAGCCGCUUGUGAGGAGGGAUGAUGUGGGAACAUUGUUGCAUGUGUAAGAUAUAGGGGAUGCGCACAUGGAUAAUUCUAUACCUUGUACUAUUUUACCAAUACCCGACGGCCAAUGUCACAACAUUGUCACAAACUCCC